AUGCGCAUAAAUUCAGUUAAACUUUUGAAAUCAAAACAAUGCGGAAUUCUUCCAUUCCUGAAUCGGACCAAAGAAUGUGAUCAAAUCAAUAAUGACCGUAUUGAGGUGGAAGCACCGGUACGUGAUAAUAUGAAGGAUGUGUGUCUAAAACCGAAUGACAAUAAACCCGAGGAUAGUAAUGAGGAAAACGAAAGGGUUAGUCAGCCUAUGGCAGCUAAUAUACAAGCUAGUCACGAGGUAAAUACUAAUUUGAACGCCUCGUUGCAGUCGGAAAAAAGCACUGAGGGAGAGAUCUCUAAAGUUUAUAGUAGUGACCAGUUCAUUCAUAACCCAAGUGGCCCUAAUCCAUCUGAAGGUCAGAAUGUCAAAUCGCAUAGGAAAAGUAUUUUACCCAACUCGCGAUCUUUACGGCAAAAUACAUCCUGGAUUAACUCCUUACCCUUGAUUGAUACGUCUUGUACGCGUACUUCCAGCCGCACACAGACUCGUAGUCGCUCCAAUAGAACUUAUUCUAGUAAAACUACUAGCUGCAAGAAACCUAAUCAGUAUCAAGCUACACGACAACAACCAUCACAAAACCGUACUCGGGGUUUUCAACUACAUUUCCCCAAGCACAAUCGUCUCAAAUCAGAAUUUUUGUCGUUCCCGAAUGAAAGAAUGGUCAGUCUAUCUCGAAUUUGUGCGUCAAGUAACGAAGAACAAAUAACCUCUCGAAGUCACUUAUCCCACGCGGAAAUUGUCCGUGAUAAUGGUGAUCCUGUACAAAUUAGCGAUAAUGACGAUAACGACCUAAACUUUUACCCAACUGAGAUUAUUGACUAUACCAACGUAACCCCUCGUUUUUUGAAUAGCGAAACCUCUUUCCUAUACAUCCCGGUCUUCCCAGAUAGAAUAAGUCCACAGUCCUCUUUAACCUUACAUAAAAUAUCGACAUCAAAUAAAACCAAAAAUAGAACGAACAUCUCCGUCCAUAUUACAGAUCGUUCUAGAACGUUUAAACAGCACAAGAAGCGCAAGAAUUGCUAUUUUCCCUCCUCCAACCUAAUCCAUAUUACAACUUUAAACCAUGCUUAUAAG